AUGUUGAAACGCUCUUGGCACUCCAAGCGGAGAGCUACGCUUUCCAAGAACGAUCCAUCUUUUGGCGAAGUUCUACAUAGCAAGCAGCUGACCUUUCUCAUCGGUCCAGAAGAGACACCCGUUGUUCUAGAUGCUGGCGCCAUCGCUAGGCUCUCCAAGCCUUUGAACUGCCUAGACUUCCAGCGCAUCUUCGAGUUCUCUUACCGUGGGACCUACACAAAUCCCAAGCCCGAGCGGUUUUCCAAUGAAGAGGUCGAUACAUGCAAAGACGCAUUUCGCCUAGCUGACCCGAUCUUGACGAUCCACAAGGACGAUGUCGAAGACGAUAUCGAAGAGCCCGCUGAGCCUCUUGAACCUUCUGAACCAAGUCUCGAUCCCAGCGUCUUCGAGUACGCCUGGAGCCCCAAGCACGCAUUCUGGACUUUCAAUAUUCAUUCCGGCGCGAGGUUCAAGUACCCUGGUGUCUCCCAGGAGAGCAAAUCGUGGAGAGAAAACUUUGCCCCGGUGCUUUUAGCCUAUGCUCGUUUGUAUGCAUUUGCAGAGCAAUAUCUGGUACCGGCGCUCAAGGAAAUUGCUCUUUCAAACUUAUGCUAG